AUGGAGUGGAAUGUUUUCACGGUUGUGUUUUACUUUUCUAUUUGGUUUAGACUGACAUCAGCUAAUUACACAUUCACGUACGACAUGGCUUUGCGUUGUAAGGAACACAUAAGUCAACGUGGCUAUAACUAUGAUACUUAUUACCGAGUUGAUGCUGCGGACCGUAGGCGUUUAAAAACCGAUCCAGAUGUUGCUUUCGAGAUGCAUUUAGCCAUUUUGGCAGCAAGUAAUGGCCAUAUUUUACUAUCAACUGUACCCCAGCCAACAGUCAGUGACCCUGUUUAUGAAAUCGUUAUUGGCGGAGGGAAUAACAUGUUCACCCAACUUCGCCGAAGCAAGGGAAAUAAUGCCAAAGCGUCUUCCAAAACGCUCAAUGUCCUAUCACCGAUACAGUUUCGAGCGUUUUACAUAAAAAUUUCUGAAGAUGGUUUAGUGGAAGUCGGUAGAGAAGAUGAGCCUUUGCCUUUAGUAAGUUACUACGAUGUUAACCCGCUUCCGAUAAAAUACUUCAGUUUCGCUUCAUGGAGCGGAGUUGAGGCAAAAUUCUUAUACGAUUGUCCGUCGCCGCGGGACAAUAUCACCGAUGCUCAAACACCAAACUCCGAAGUCGUCGAACAAAAACUAUCGAAUUCGGAUAGCUUGAAGAGAACGUUGUUGAUGGGAAGAAUGCCUCAAUUACCUCCGGCUCAAAAAAUGAACGUGACACUUGGUAUUAAGAUCACAAGCAUUUUCUACAAUGCAUUCGAUUCCAAACUUACAACAGGAUUAUCUGUUAUUAUGAAUUGGAUGGACGACAGUAUGGCCUGGAAUCCGAGCAAAUUUAAUGGAACCACGAGAUUAACAUUUCGUCAGGGGCAAAUUUGGAGGCCGACUUUUUUUGUUUUCAACUCUGACGACCUGGGUAUACUCGACACGAAUAAUCCCGAUUUAAUAUGGAUGGUAAACAGCGGGAAAGCUUUGUUCCAUUUUCAGACUUCAGUCAAUACGUGGUGUUUCCAAUAUUCAACUUCAUUUAACAGGUGGCCCCGAGAUGAGUACAGUUGCUCAAUCGUAAUUCAACCAUGGGAAUCUCAUGAGCAUAUGUUCCUUACUGUAUCAAAAAACAACGAUAUAGAAGGCUUUACAGAUAUAGAUGAAGUGAUACAAAACGAAUGGGAUAUAGAUUAUCAACAAUAUGUUUCAUCAGCGGCGUCUUGGAUUAAAACUCACCCGAACACAAGCAAUAUUCAAAGGGACAGAUUAAUUAUCACUAUGAACCUGAAAAGGCGAGCUUCAUCUUACAACAUAGUUUUCUAUACCCCAUUGUUAGUGUUAGUAACGUUUGUUCUAAUGUCCUUUUGGACUGAGUCGCUUAAAAUGGACCGGGUGUGGUUUUACGCCGGAUGUACCAUAGUAAUUUGCAUGGGACUUUGCUACAUAGACUAUUUAAUACCUUGCCACACAAUCCCCUCAAUAUUGGUUCUGUACAUUGUAGUGCUUAUUGGCAUACUCUUGGCGCUAAUUGUGCAUGUGUUACUAAUGACAUCUGCGGCGGAGAAAUUAUGCAAGAAAUCGUUGGUGAACGCCAUUCUAAUUCAGCGCUGGUUGCGGACGCUGUUUUGUCUACCCGAAAUUAAGAUCUGCAGGAUCUACGAGAGUCUCGGAGAGAGGAACCUAAUCGUUGAGGGGGAUGGUGACUCAGGCGUUUGUAUCCCACCGAGAUUGAGCAACGUAGAGGAAAUGGAAUCCGAGAACAACGAAUACGACGAGAGACAGGAAGUAGCGGAAGUAUUGGAUAAGAUCAUGUUCUUCGCAUAUUCCGUUGCCUUUGCUGUAAUGCUCAUUCUUCAUUUU